AUGAGGAGAAUUCUUGCCUAUUUGUCUCUGUCGGCAGCAGUCGGUUUUGCUAUUAGUCCAAACAAUGAGUGGGUGAACAUUGACUACCUACUUAAGCAAGCAGGCGGAAGUGGAUCCAGUGAUACCUCCGGUGCUCGACAACAGAUCGUUAGUAGUGCAGGUGGCACGGCAAAGGCCGGACCUUGGGGUAUCACAACCAAAAAUCCUGUGCUACCGCCAAGUGGUAACUCUCAUGACUACCUCGGCUGGGCCCCAUAUCAUUGGCCGGAUUGCAACUGGUGCUCGAAAGGUGCAACCCACCUGAUGAACCCUAGUUCCGGUGGCGAUGAGCCCGGAAACCCUAGUGGCGGCCCUGAUAGCUCAGACCCUGGUGACGACGGCAACUCGGACGAUCCCAACGAUCCAGACGGAGACGACGAGGACAUCCUCAUUGUACCUCGCGAAGCUGGCGAUUUCUCUGCAGCGAGGGGAGACGUCUUUCACCCUCGUCACCGUAUGAAACAUGUUAGACGAGCAACGAAUUACACAACCUCAGGUGUCGCUGACCCACCCCGCAUACGAUACUUGGCAUUCCGCUCUCCUGAUGACACGACAUCGCCGCUGGACGUCUAUGCUGCUGCUGAUCUUGACUCUCUGCCAACAACGGGCACGUUGAGUGCUCCAGCCUUACCUACCCAGCUGCCUACACUUGGCGUGACUCCUGCUCUCACGGAUGGAAGCAGUCAGACUUCUAUUGGUACUGUAGAUGGGACGCCUGCGCCUGCGCAAGCUCCCGCCAAGACGCAACACAGCUCGUGUACUCCUUCGCCUACGAAGAGUCUGUCUCCAAGCGCGACAUGGACGACCUGUCCUUACCAGGUGCGUGACGGCAAGCUCAAUCCAGACGUACGCUCGUUGCCCGAUUCCCCCGCAGUCAUCGACAUGACGGAGUCUGUCUUCUACAAUUGCGUGGCUUAUGUCCUCCAGAAGACUAGCACCUUCUCCAAGAAUGCCGCCGGCUUCAUCGAUGCGUUCUUCCUGUCUCCAUCAACCGCCAUGAAUCCGAAUCUCAACUUCGGUCAGCUGGUCCGGGGACCGGGCCAAGAUCAUCAGAUUGGCACGUUCACGGGAGUCUUGGACUUACGGGGCAUGGUCAAGGUGAUCAAUGGUAUUCAGAUGCUCAAGGCUGCUCGGAGUCCGGACUGGACGUCGGCUAGAGACAAGGGUAUGCUGGCCUGGACGAACCAGUACGUCUCGUGGCUACAGACAAGUGACAUCGGGAAGCAGACCGCUGCAGCACCCAACAAUCACUUCUCGUUCUAUGUGAAUCAACUGACUGCUACGAAGAUGUAUGUUGGGGACACCAGCGGCGCCAUAUCUACUCUCCAGAGCUACUUCUCCAAGCAAUACCUGGACCAAGUCGCGGCUUCGGGAGAGCAACCGUUCGAAGCGGUUCGGACGCGCCCAUACCAUUACCGCUGUUUCAAUCUAGAGGCUAUGAUUGCAAACGCCAAGAUGGGCGACCAGCUAGGCCUCAACCUCUGGACGUCCAAGUCGAAGUACGGCGCGACCAUUCAGACUGCCCUGGACUACACUAUGAGCCUCGAUCCGAAGGACGAGGACGUCUCGGACAUCUUCCCUCAUGUCGCUGCGGUUGCUGCUGCGUAUGGAGAUCCGAAGGGGAAGUAUGCCGCCUUCUUGCAAAAGCAGGUUAGCGACUACAAGAGCAUGCCGUUCUGGUUCUAUGACCAAAACAGUGCACUACCGAACGCCCCUGCCUCCCAUACUGCGCGAGACCUAGGAGAACUUGAGCAUUCGUCAACAGCAGCGGGCACCGAGAGAGCAAUCCUCGACACAAUCACUCCCAGCGCAACGAUACCCUUCCAGUGUCCUACGGUCUUCGCGACCGCUACCGAGGUGGCGAUUGAUGAUGGAAUCUAUGUGACUUGCGAUGAGCUGAAGCCAUUCUACGAGAUCGUUAUGCCUCUGGAAUCGAAUGCACCGUAG